CGGGAAGUUGCUAAGACUUUUUAUGACUCCAAUAGUCUAGGUUGAAAAGCAUUUGGGAUGAUCGAGUAUCAUCAAGAGAACGCCUAGGCAUAUCUUUAUUCUAUGCGAAAUAGGCAUAUCUUUAUUCAAUGCGAAAUAGGCAUAUCUUUAUUCUAUGCGAAAUAGCUAGCAGAAAGAAGAGAAUAGCUUCAUCCACCUCAUCUAAGGAAUGGCAGACAAGUUGCUCUCCAGGGCUCGGAAGACAUUCAUAGACAGUGUGACGAAGCCAGUGAUCAAGCAGCUCCUGGAUGACCUUUUGGAGGACAAGGUGCUGAACGAUGAAGAGACAGAAUCGGUGACGGAGGAGAACAGCACUAGGGCAGAGCAGGCACGAUGCCUUAUCGAUAUGGUGCGGAAGAAAGGGAGCAAAGCCAGUGAGAAGAUGAUUGCCAGAGUUCAGGAGAGAGAUCCUGGACUUUAUGACAAAAUGGGUCUGGCCCCCACACCAUCAUCGCCCCAGUUAUCACAGCAGGAGGAGCAGCCAGUGUCCUCUGUCCUCACCCCCAGCACAAAUCACUUUAAGAAGGACAUUCUUCAGAGGAAGGGUAGCGAGAUUUACCCUCCAAUGGAUAAGUCUGGUCGGAAGCGUCUGGCCCUGCUCAUAAACAACGUGGAGUUUGAUGAUAAGAACAUGCUGAGACGAGGGGCAGAGAAGGACGAGGAGAACGUGGAGAGGCUUCUCAGGGAUCUGGGAUAUGAUGUGGUGAAACACAGAAACCUGUCUGGACAGGAGAUGGACGAGGCUGUGAAAGCGUUCUCUAAACGUGAGGAGCACUUAUUGUCAGACAGCGUCUUCGUGGUGAUGAUGUCUCACGGGGAGCUGGGAGCCAUCAUGGGUGUCCAUUACAAGAAAGGGGACCCUAAUCUUGACAUCUUCCCCAUCAACAACAUCUUCACACACCUGAACACAGAGAACUGCAAAGCACUGAUUAACAAACCCAAAGUCAUCCUCAUUCAGGCCUGCAGGGGAGGCAAGGAUGGGUCUGUUUGGGUCAGUGACGCAGUGCCUGGGUCCAGCCUUGACCUGGGGUUAGAGAGUGACUCAUUUAGGAGGGAGCACAAAGAGAAGGACUUCAUCUCCCUCCUAUCCUGCACACCAGAUACUGUGUCCUACAGAGAUCCAAAGAUGGGCACCUUUUUUGUCCAACGCAUCAUGGAGACAUUCAACACCUAUGCCUGUGAUGAUCAUAUAGAAGAAUUGUUCAGGAAGGUCAUGGGACGCUUUGAAGAUUUCCCCAGACAGAUGCCGACCAAAGACAGAGCCACUCUAACAAAGCACUUCUACCUCUUCCCAGGCCUCUGAGAAGUUAUGAUGAUUGAUUAAUUGUACUGUAAUCACAAUGGAGGAAUAAAGGGAGCAGCAUAUUUUCUGUUA